CCCUAUAUAUUCUCCUGUCUUCCCCUUCACAUUUCUUGAAACGCCUCGUUUCCUCUCUGUCUUCUCUCGCCCUUUGACGAAGCAGAGAGAUCGAUGCAGCAAGAGGUUGUUUCUCCCAGCAAUGGCGACCGCCUCGGUUCUUCGAUCACAUCGCCGUCAUUCGUUUCACCAGAUCGACGGCCCCAGUCCCCCGUAUACUUCAACAGUGGUGGCGAUCUCCCUUGCACGUACCCCGUCUUCUCACCCGAGGACAGCUUGGCGCUCUUGAGCCCUCUUCUCCCCGCCUCCGGCUCUGUCUCGAUAUCCCCCUCGUCGGUUUACUUCGAUGAGGUGGAGGCCGCCGCCACCGCCACUGAAAACCGCCUCUACCUGGCCCGACUCGCCCUCCAAUACCAGGAGAUGACCGAGAACUACGACCUCUGCCUCUCCCACCUCCGCGACGCCGCCGAGGAGCUUGAGUCCCUCCGCCGCGAGAACGCGAGCCUCCGAGCGGCCAAUGUAGAGCUUACAAGGCGGCUCUGUCUCCUCGCCGGGAAGCACGGCGGUCGUGUGACGAUAUCCACGGCUGCGGCACUGGCUGAUGAGUUCCGUGGACUCAGCGUUGCCGAACCACCGCCCGCCGAGGAGAGCCCCACGAGCGUGCUCGCCUUCCAGGAAAGCGUCAGUGGCUGCCAGUUUACGAGGACGCCGGUUGUCGAGAAGCGGGUCUCGCUGCCUAAGAGCAUCUCGAUUCGGUCCAGUGGGUACCUGAAGCUGAACCCGGGCGGCGGAGCCACUUCGGCUGCGAACCGCAACGGCCGGUUUCGCCUUUCCAACCCCGUCAUGAUCGGCUCGAAGCAGCAGCGGGUGUCCGUGGGAGGGGGAAGCACCAAUAAGAAGGGCGAGAGAAGCAGAGGAGAGGACAAAGAAGAGGAGGGGGGGGAGGGGGGCGGCGGAGCAAUGGAGGUGGAAGUCUACCACCAGGGAAUGUUCAAGACGGAGCUGUGCAACAAGUGGGAGGAGAGCGGGGAGUGCCCCUACAGCGACCACUGCCAGUUCGCCCACGGCAUAGCCGAGCUCCGCCCUGUCCUCCGCCACCCCCGCUACAAGACCGAGCUCUGCCGCAUGGUCGUCUCCGGUGGCACCUGUCCUUACGGCCACCGGUGCCACUUCCGCCACUCCCUCUCUCCCUCAGACCACCAACGCCUCCUCCUCCGCCCUUAGUAGAGAUUGCUGUUGUUCCUAAAUCCUACUCAAAACAUACGUAGCAUGGCAAACAUAUCCUCUGACCGUAAUUAAUGACAAUAAAUAAAAAAGAAACAAAAGCUUACCACAAAAAUGAAACAUUGAGUACCGAAGUUAUGUUCUCCCCCUAACCAAAAUUAUUACGAAUGCUGAAGGAAGAGUAGCAGAUUUAAUCCGUUACGAGUUGGUGUGAAUAUGCAUAAAGAAAGCAGGCGAUCCCGUAUGGUUCUGUUUGUAAAUGGCUUUUGCUCUGGAUAUGUUUGCCUUAGUCAAUAAUCAAUGUGUGUAGAUGUAAGUAUGGCAUAGAAAUAUAUGACUCAUUGUCUAGUGAGGGUGGAAGAGAACUGAUGGAGUGAUUUCUUGGUCUUAGUUUUCUGGAUUUUGGUCUGGUUUAAAUUUCCUGUGGAGAAAGACUGGUGGGAUCGUAGGAGCUGUUUCCCAUUUCUCCUUUUCGAUUUUCUCUCUCUUCUUAUUUCUUUAAUUGCCUCCACCAAACUCUUGUAGUCAUUGAGAUACAUGUGGAUGCCUUUUGAAGCAACGAGUAUUUGUCAAUCGUCUUCUUUUACUUCUCUUUUUUUUAUUUUCUUUUUACCGUUUUCUCAUCAUUGUCGCCUUUCCCUUACUGCGAGAGUUGAUAAGCAAGAAAUCAUAUGCCAA